AUGUCUACCGCUACUGAGAUGGCCGUCGCGCCUAAGCUCGAGAAGAAGCCUGUCAAGUUCAGCAACCUGCUGCUCGGCGCUGGCUUGAAUCUGUUCGAGGUCACCUCAUUGGGACAGCCGCUGGAAGUGAUCAAGACGACCAUGGCCGCCAACCGGGGCGACAGCUUCGCCGGUGCUAUGAGUCGGAUUUGGGGCCGUGGUGGCAUCCUCGGUUACUAUCAGGGACUCAUUCCGUGGGCCUGGAUUGAGGCCUCCACCAAGGGCGCGGUCCUCCUCUUCGUCGCCUCUGAGGCCGAAUAUUACGCUAAGAGCUUCGGUGCCAAUGACUUCGUCGGUGGUAUCAGUGGUGGUAUGACUGUCGAGAUCACCAAGCACAAGAUGGCCGCCGCCGGUGUCAAGCCCCCCGGUACCUUCGCGACCUUCAUGGACAUUUAUCGCAAGGAAGGCAUCCGCGGUAUCAACCGCGGUGUUAACGCCGUCGCCAUUCGCCAGACCACCAACUGGGGCUCCCGUUUCGGUCUCUCGCGUCUGGCUGAGUCCACUAUUCGCAAGGUCACUGGCAAGGAGGACGGCCAGAAGCUGGCUGCAUGGGAGAAGAUCCUCGCGUCCGGACUUGGUGGUGGUCUUUCCGCCUGGAACCAGCCCAUUGAGGUCAUUCGUGUCGAGAUGCAAAGCAAGACCGUGGACCCCAACCGCCCGAAAAAUUUGACUGUUGGCAAGGCCUUCAGCUACAUCUACCAGAACAACGGACUGAAGGGUCUGUACCGGGGUGUUGCUCCCCGUAUUGGUCUCGGUAUUUGGCAGACCGUCUGCAUGGUCGCUCUCGGUGACAUGGCCAAAGAAGCAGUCGAAAAACUGACUGGCGAGGCCGUCACCGCUAAGCACUAG